GUCAACCGUGUUUCGAGUAUACGUGCGAGGUGUAGCUAUUUGCGUGUGUGCUUUUUUCCCAAAAGGGGUUUCAUCUCUUCGGUUUUCUCGCGUGGUUAUCGGUGCGAUUAAUCGGUCGGUGAUUUUAUGAGACGAUACGACAAUACAAUACAGUAGUGCGUCCCGACGAUAUGCAGUAAAUGCCAAGAACGGAUCGGACGAUCGAGAAUAAAUUUUUCAGCCUAAUGUGCAAUAUCGUGUGUUUUGGGUGAUUUGAAUUUCGCGCCUAAAAUAUCUAAAAUUUUAGUUUGGAAAUUUAUUGGAUGAUUUGUGGACGAGUGUGAAUAAUAAAAACGAAUUUGAAUAUGACGGAAUAAUGUGUGAGGAUUUGAUUAAAGGAAGCUUGAAAUUGAAGUCGUGAUAAACCUGAAACUAAAGUGAAAAGUGUGAUUUUGAGUUUUAGUGCAUGAGAUGGAUUAAAAACAAGUGGUUCGAAGUGGAGAUAGUUAUCCUUCGGAAAAAAAACUCGUCUCUAAUAAUAAGAGAUAAUUAGCUGUUUCAAAAAAGGUGCAAGAAGGGCAGUCAAGGUGUGCCAAAAUGUUGGACUUCAAUUGUAUACGUUCGUGGUUUGGAGAAGAACAAAGCGACUGUGUUGAGUGAUCUAAGUUAGUGCUUCAGUUUCUGUGAUCCGUUUUGUUUCGCGUUUUCGGUAAACUCUUGUGUGAAAAAAUCUUAUGAUCACCUCAAGACCUAAUUAAAAUUCAAAUCGGAAAUGCAUAUCAAAACUACGAAAUGAAUAAAAAAUCUUGGAAGAAAGUGUAGUGAAGUUUUCGCGAUCAAUCCAAUCCAGAGGAAGAAAGUGAACAGAGUUAAAAUCUCACCAGCGGCGAUCUAAGCGCUGCUUCGCACGAAACUAGUGUCAAGUGUUUUGAUUUAUUGGCUUCCUCCGACAUUUGAAGCAUUUUCUUUUCUUGUUUAACACAAACACCUAAGAAGAACUCAAAAGAAAUGGAUAUGACAUCAACAGCUGAAGCAGCACGUAGUUGGUAUGAGAGUCCACGUCUUGGAGGAUCUCCAAAUACCACCGGUUUGGGUGGCAGUGCAAGCCAUCAGGGGGUUACGGGAAGCUCAUCGAGUGGAUUAGAUGCAAGCGAAAUGGGAGCAUUUUAUGCUCUUGAAACAUCAAGUCAUCAUAGGCGCUACUAUUCAGGAUAUCAUCCUUCACAUGCUUCCCGGAUGCCAUCGUCGCACACAUCACCACAAGUAUGCCGGCCUCAUUUUCAUGCACCGCUAGCACCUUGGCUUACCAGCGAGCAUAAAACCUUUCCGCCGGGCAGUCCGUGGGGUAGUCCGUUUGCAUGUCCGCAAGACCCGCAGGAUAAAGUAGGACAAGUGCAAAGCCAUCAAAGUGGUCAACAUUCAUUUCCGUUCCCUCCAACACCGCCAAAGGAUUCAACGCCCGAUUCAGUACAAACUGGUCCAACCGAUUAUCAGGCAGCCGUCAAUGCAUUUAUGCAUCAAGCUCAAAACUCAACUACCUCAGUAUCAGUAUCGGAUACAAGCUGUGCAUUAGAUAUUAAGCCAUCAAUACAGAACGGUACAGGGAGUCAAUCGGCGCCUAAACAACGGGAAGGUACAAGCUCCAAUAUCAAUAAUUCGAGUAGUAGUAAUCAUAAUAGCCACUCUUCAAACAACAACAACAAUAACAACAGUCAUACAAAUUCACAUUCGGCCGUAUUGAAUGGUGGUACCGGAAGUGGUGGGGGUAGUGGUGGUACAAGUAUAUUUGAUACCCCACAAAGCGCCUAUAGUAGCGGAUAUGAAAGUAGUUAUGCAUAUCAUCAUCAUCAAACUAGUGGAAUGUUUCAAACAAAUGCCAGACCAACAAUGGGCAGUCCAAAUGUUAAGCCGCAAAGGACGAAACCACGAACAAGUGCUGAAGGACGGGAAUGUGUUAAUUGUGGUGCUACGUCGACGCCAUUGUGGCGAAGAGACGGAACCGGACAUUAUUUGUGCAAUGCAUGCGGACUGUAUUAUAAAAUGAAUGGACAAAAUAGGCCACUUAUUAAACCAAAGCGAAGACUGACUUUGCAGUCACUCCAAACCGCUGCCAAACGUGCAGGAACAUCAUGUGCAAAUUGUAAAACCACAACAACAACCCUUUGGCGACGGAACGCGAGUGGUGAACCAGUGUGUAAUGCCUGCGGAUUAUAUUAUAAGUUACACAAUGUAAAUCGUCCAUUAACAAUGAAAAAGGAGGGGAUCCAGACAAGAAAUCGUAAGCUCUCGUCGAAAUCGAAAAAGAAAAAAGGACUUGGAGGCGCAUGUCUUCCUAUCGGAAGCCAUCUUGGCGUAGGAGUUGGUAUGAGUGAUUUAAUGAAACCAUUAGAUCCUUCAAAGACAUUCGGUGGAGGAUUCUCAGCAUCAAUGGGUCAACAUGGACAUCUUUCCAGUGGACUGCAUCCAGCUCAUGCGCAUAUGCACGGCGGGUGGUAUACAAGUGGAAUGGGAGCGUUGAGCGCUUCCAGUGGAUUACAGGGUGGUUUCUCGACAGCCGGCUCAUUAGGUGGAGGUGUAGUGCCUCAUUCACAAUCGUAUCACUUAGGACUAGGAUCAAUGGGAACAUGGCGGCCUGACUAUACGUGAUGGAACACCAACAAUCUAAAUGCUAAUUUAUUUAAUUAACAAGAAUUCUAGAAAAUAAAAUAAGGGCUUGCUAAGCCCCUCGGAUCGCAUCCUUCCCCAACUAGUACACCCUUUAAACUAACCUUCAUCAACAAGAAAAUUGACAGCCGCAAAUCAAGGGGAAUCCUACGACGACUAUAAGGACAUGUAGCACCACUUCCCCCUGAAGUCGACAAGUACAAAUAUGGAGCUGAAAAAUAUUUUAACGAAAUCCUGGAAAGUCCAUAGUUCUGAAGGUAUCCUUAAUAAUUCCAUGGGAUAAUUUUCAGCACUAACAAAUCCCCGUCGGGAAUAUUGCCUAACUACGAGCCUACCCAGAACAUUCAAUCACGAUCAAGUUCUUGUCACCAAGACCCCCAUCAAGGAGUUACCGAGAACGAUGUGAUAACUCAACAAAAAACCAGUUGGUCAGAAUCAAUCGAUUAGCUAAUCGAUGACUAAUAAACUAUGUUUAGUAUCUGAAACAAUAACUUGGUAAUUCUACACUUAGCAGAUCUCAGAUGGGAUGUUCGAUUAACGUAACUGUUCAGAGAUAUACAUAAAUUCAGAAACAAGUUUUAGUUGCACAAUGGAUACUUAGAAAAGAAGAAUAGAUUAAAAUGUUCUGCUUGAUUUUUGCUAUUUUCUAAUUAUAGAAAAUAAAUUGCGGCAAAGCCACAUCUUUUGCUUUUUGCAUAUAUUAAAAGCGAACAUUGUUUAUGUUUAAUGUCGUGCAACACGGUCAUGCUGCAAAGUCAAGGUGAGUGGCCCAAGCGAGCUGAGACCAAAAAAAGGAGGAACAGCUUCGUAUUCAUAUUUAUUUGCUUUUAAAAGUGAAUUUGCCUAUGUGAAAAUGAAAACGAUGGAACUCUAUCUAUUCGGAACGUGAUUGUCGCUUUUAAUUCAGAGAAAGGAGAAGAAUCCAUUCAGAAUAAUAAUCAGAUCCGUCCAACUGUUUUAUUGAGUAAUUAGUCAAUCAUGCAUUCAUUCACUAUCAUUUUACGCGUUUAAUUCAACGUUUUGACGUAAAUGGUUAGAUACUUUUUAAUUCAAGAUAUAAUGAGCCACCCACGGCUUCCUAUCUUUUCUCGAAAAGCAGCAAAAGUAGUGUCAAAUGUGUAUAAAGAUUGAUCACAGUUUCUCGCCAUAUGUAACUUAAUAAUUUUUUUAAAGAAAAGCUGAUAAUGAAAUUAGAUAUAUAAUUUCAGUAGAAGAGAAUCCUUCGAUAUAUGUCCCAAAAGUAGCCACCACCAUAGUCAGUAUCUGUUUAAACGUGACACAAUCCAUGCGCCACAAAAACGACCCCUGUACAUUCUUCAAGAGCUCAACCAGGAAAGCCUUAAAAUUAGACCCUCAAGAAUCGUGUCUAUGUUGCAUUUAAUAGCAAGUUUUGCUCAUUUGUUUGAUUAAUUCGAAAUCAGAUCACACCAUCAACUUCGGAUUGAUCACUGCUUGCAGACAUUUUAAUAAAAUGUAAAGACACAAUUUGCCUAAACAAACAUGCACUGAAUCCCAAGAUGUGAAAUACGUGCUAAUGCUAACCGACAAAUUCGUAUUUAAAAAAAUGCCAUAAUUGUAAAAUAAACUGUAUUUUAGUAUAAAUACUAAAAUCAAACUAGCGACAAAGUCCAUAUUGUCAAAAUGGAUGCGAAAUAAAUAAAAUUGUAUAGUAAAAUUGUCAAAUAAAUAAAUUAUAUUGCGAUUGCGGACGCAGUAAAUAAGGAACCCUGUAAAUAGUCCUAUCAACAAACCUCGUGUAUAUCUUAAACGUAGAGAGUAAUCCCGAUACAAACAAAUAACACACAAGAUAUAUAUAUAUUGUAUAAAAUGAGUGCGAUUGAAGUAUUUGUUUUUUAUAUAAAUAAUUCUAAUAAUAAUUCAGUGAGUUAGAUUUCAAACAGAAAACAGGCAAAACAAAAAGCACUGUGAGUCAAACCUGGACAAAAAUACGCAAGCACAUCUAAAAACGCCCAGUAGACAUUUUUAAUUUUUUCAAAUUAAUUUAGAUUAUUAUUUUCACUCCCCAACAAACAAACGAAAAAUACUACAAAGCCUGCCCUUUCCCUUUUUUCUUGUACAAAAUAUUAUAAAACUCGGUGCAGCGCUUUAAAUGGUCAAACCAUUUUUAUCCUAUUAUCUUUAAUUCAAUUGAUUUGUAGACGAAAAAUCAAUGCAACAAAACAGUGAAAAAAAAA